UUAUAUUUCUUUUGGAAUAAAAUCAAACUGUAAACUUUUGUCCAAACAUCUACACUAAAUGUUAUACCGACACAUCAACGGAACAUUUAGCAAUUUUAUUUAAUUGAGUCGAUAUUAUUUCCUCUUUUUUUUCUUGUUUGUUGAAAAAAGGCAAUUGUGAACGAUUUCGUGAAGCAUAUAGUGCGUAUUUGUGAAUGGCAUUCUGAAACGGAGAUAUAAAUCUGUUUUUAACUAACACACACAUUUUGAAUGGAAUAUGUUUUGAUUAUUGUGUGUUUAUUGUCACCUUCACUAAUAAAUAUUCAAAAUACAAACCAUCCAAAUCGAUAAAUCGAAACAUAGAGAGAAUGUCACAAAAAUAAAGGCGACCGAAACGAACACCGAGAUUAUAUACAGAAGGAUAAAUAAGAAAAAGAAGAAGAAAAUAAAUAGCAAACAUGAAAGAAUUUAAAAAGAAAAAAUAUCCGAAACGAGAAAACGAAGAAAAAUCUUCCAAGGAUUUUAGUGGAUUUCGGUAGAUUAUAAGAGCCAAUAGAAUUUGGUAGUGUGUGUGUGUGUGUGUUUGUGUGUGUAAAAGUCUGUCGACAGCGCGAAAUAAGACAUCUUUGAGCGAUUUUGUUUUCUUGUUUGUGUAUUUGUACAUGCGUGCGAGUAUGUUACAUGACAACAACCACCGUGUGUUCGUAUCGUAAAUGUAAUAAAUAGCGUUUCGCACAUAUAUAUAUACAUACUAUCAAAAAAACACACAAAAAAUAUUAUACUAUCGAAAAAAGAACAUUCGAACGAAUGACACACCAUAAAAAAUCAAAUCGAGAGAGAGAGAGAAAGAGGAAGAGCAAAGAAAAAUAUUAAAUAAAUAUCUGUGCAAUACUCUUUCAACUGCGAAAGUUCUAUAUUAGUAUAUUAUGUAUACGAACGCAUGGAAUACCAAAACGAUCAACGAGAUGAAAUCCGUUCACACAAUCAACACAAAUAUUUGAAAUCAAACUUUCAACAUUUACAGUUGAUGUACGGAAACAUUUUAAAAUAAACAAUAUUCAUAGUUAAAUAGACACACACUAAAUAAUAGCAUAAAAACAAAUAAACGAAGUAAAAAAAAGCGAGUUUAUCAAAUUUCAGUGCAUUUGUUUAGCAAAAUAUUGUUGAGAAUAGAAGGGAUUGGAGAAGAAGAAAAAAAUGGCAACGCAAAUGUGAUGGCCCAUCAGUGACAACUAACUCAAUAAAAUUUAUGAUUGAACAAUUUUUCCUUUAUAAACAUAGAUAAAAAAUGACUUCAAGGCGGAAAACUAUUAAACAUUCAAUGCUAUUGUUUGUAAAAAGUGCCAUCAUUUUAUCGGCUAUGCCUUACAAUAAUUAAAGCAAACAAAAAAGUGUUAAACAAAUAUCUAAGAUCUAACGGCAGCACAAACAUACAAACGAAACAACAAGCAACUUCAACAAGCAACUUCAACAAGCAACUUCAACAUUUGCAAUUUGAUACACAAUUGGAACGGGAGAAAAAAUGGCGCUCAAGUGCACAAACAAUCAGAUAAAUCAAACAAAUCGAACCAAUCGUUCAAUGAAUUCAAUAAAUGGCAGUGAUUGUAAAAUGUUUAAGCGCAAUCAACCGCAAGCAAACAACCAGAAUAGCAAGAAAAAUGUUACAAAUAAUAAACAUAGUAAUCAAUCGAUUAGUUCAAACCAGUGUCAAAAAACAAUGUUGAAUACCGUUUUACAAUUAACGCAUAAUUGUCGAUAUGUAAACACAGCUGCCAUUUUAUUAAUUACAUUAAAUAUAAUACUAUCGUUGAGUCCAUGCAAUGCCUUCCUAUUGGAUGGUUCACAAAAUUCAUUUGCACAGUUUCGCAAAUGGUACACUGGUUUGAAUGGUUCCUUAGAAUUUGAAUUCAAAACCGAACAGCCCAACGGGUUGGUAUUGUACACCGAUGAUGGGGGCACAUUCGAUUUCUUCGAAAUCAAAUUGGUCGAAGGUGCCGUACGAUUGCGAUACAAUCUUGGCGGUGGUGCAAACAUCAUCACAGUAGGCAGAGAAUUGCAUGAUGGCCAUUGGCACAAAGUACAGAUUCAACGAAGCGACGAACAUACAACAUUAACCGUUGAUGGCGUCUCACAAACACGAACAUCACGUGGAAAAGAGUUUCAUUUUGGGAAAUUCGCAACGAAUUCAGAUGUAUUCGUCGGAGGAAUGCCAAAUUGGUACAACUCAAAAUUAACAUUAUUAGCCCUACCAAGUGUGAUAUAUGAACCAAGAUUUCGAGGUUCAAUAAGAAAUUUAGUGUAUUCAGAUCAACCAAAUGUUCCACCGCGACGACAAGAAAUGCGACAGCCCAGAGAUACUAAAUGCGGUGAUUCACCAUGCGAUCAAACUGAGGUCCCAAAAGAAAAAGUGACAAGGGGCCUACGACCUAAUGUGACAGAUGCAUGCGAAAAGAAUGAUCCAUGUCAACAUGGCGGCAUUUGUAUAUCGACUGAUUCAGGACCAUUAUGUGAGUGCAGAAAUCUAGAAUACGAAGGUACAUACUGCGAGAAAGACAAAGCACCAUCUGAAGCAACAUUUCGGGGAUCUGAGUUUCUAUCAUAUGACUUAGGCCAAACUGGAGGUGAACCAAUUGUUAGCGCACAGGAUGCCAUAUCAUUAUACUUUCGAACGAGACAACCAAAUGGCCUAUUAUUCUAUACAAGUCAUGACACCGACUAUUUGAAUUUGGCACUUCGUGAUGGUGGCGUAUCGUUGACAAUGGGUUUGGCAAAUGGCAAACAGGAAAUGCAUAUUAAACCGGCUCGAGUACGCUUUGAUGAUCAUCAAUGGCACAAGGUCACCGUUCAUCGGCGCAUUCAAGAGAUUUCUUCCAUCACAAGCUUUUGUCGGUUGGUGGCCGUUGUUGAUGAUGUAUAUACAGAUCAUUCGCAUAUUGCCGGAAAGUUUACGAUGCUGUCAUCGUCUCGAGUUUAUGUCGGUGGUUCGGUGAAUCCGAGAGCACUUUUGGGUGCACGAGUUCAUAAUAACUUUGUUGGUUGUUUAAGAAAGGUUGAAUUCUCUGCCGACACACUACGGUUAAAUUUAAUUGACUUGGCCCGUACCGGUUCGAAGUUAAUUCAAGUUGCCGGAAGAGUUGCAUACAAUUGUCCAUCAGGCGAUCCACAGGAUCCAGUUACAUUUACAACAAGAGACUCUCAUUUGAUAUUGCCGCCUUGGGAAACUGGCAAGCAAAGCAUGAUAUCAUUUAAAUUUCGAACGAACGAACCCAACGGACUAAUUUUGCUAACGGUAGCAGCCAAACCGGGAAAUUCGGAUUUAUUUGCUGUGGAAUUGUUGAACGGUCACAUUUAUAUUCAUGUCGAUCUUGGUUCUGGAGCCGUAAAGGUUCGUGCAUCGAGACGACGUGUUGAUGAUGGUGUUUGGCAUGAAUUGAUGUUGCGUCGAACAGGUCGCGAAUGUAAAGUAUCAAUCGAUGGACAAUGGAAUGAUUUUCGAACUCCCAACGAUGCCACGCAAUUUGAAUUAGAUUCGCCCAUUUAUUUGGGCGGUCUUGGUUCAUCAUACAACAGCAUUAAUACACCGCCAGCUGUUUGGACGGCAACACUUAAACAAGGAUUCAUUGGUUGCCUUCGAGAUUUAAUGCUCACCGGCAAACCGAUUGACAUUGCUGCAUUUGCUCGUCAACAGGAUUCGGGCGCUGUGAAAGCUUCAUGCCAUGUGCAACAGGAUCAAUGUAGUGGAACGGUACCACCAUGUCUCAACAGUGGUGUCUGCAAUGAAGGAUGGAAUCGACCGAUUUGUGAUUGUUCUGCCACAUCAUUCACUGGGCCAACGUGUGGUAGAGAUUCGGCAACGCUUGCAUUCAACGGUAGCCAACAUAUGACGAUUUGGGUUGGCGGUAGCCAUGGAACACGUACACAAACUGAAGAGUUGGUACUACGUUUCAAAACCACGCGUCAAACUGGUUUACUUCUGGUAACAAGUGCCGAUUCAAAUUCACCAGAUCGUUUGGAAAUUUCACUCGUCGCCGGACGAGUUCGUGCCAGUGUUCGACUUGGUGAACGUGAAAAGAAUCUUCUUGCUGGUCAAGGAGUAUUGCACGAUAACAAUUGGCACACAAUCCGCUUUUCACGUAAGGCAUCAAAUCUACGACUACAAGUUGACGGGAGUUCUCCCGUCAGGGGUACGUUAUCCGAAACGAUAUUGGGGCGACACAGUACCAUGGAAAUUCGUUCAAUUCAUUUGGGUGGCAUGUUCCAUGCAGAAGAAGAAAUUCAAAUGACAUCAACAAUGGCGAAUUUUAUUGGGCAUAUACAAGGCUUUGUAUAUAAUGGAAAUCGAUACAUUGAUAUUGUGAAAUCACUUGGUUCCGAAUUGUCGGCACUUCCAUUGACCACAUUCAAAUUGAAUGCACGCUUCGUAACGCCAACACUAUCAACACCAUACCAUGCAGCAACAUUCCGUUCAAAGCAUUCAUAUGUCGGUUUGGCCAUGCUGAAGGCCUAUUCAAAUGUAUUCAUCGAUUUUCGAUUUAAAACACUCGAAGCAAACGGUUUAUUGUUUUAUAAUGGUGGCCGACGAAAUGAUUUCAUUGCUAUUGAACUUGUAAAUGGUCAUGUACACUAUAUUUUUGAUUUGGGCGAUGGUCCAAUAACGCUACGCGACAAAUCUCGCAUUCAUAUGAAUGACAAUCGAUGGCAUGUGGUUAGCAUUCGACGGCCAGGACCAAAAACACAUACGCUCAUUGUUGACGAUACAAUUGAAGUGUAUAAUACACCUGGCAACAAUAUGCACAUGGAAUUGGAAGGUAUUAUGUAUGUUGGUGGCGUAUUCAAAGAUAUGUAUACGAAAUUACCAUCGGCAAUUAUGUCACGAAAUGGUUUCGAGGGAUGUUUAGCGUCGAUUGAUUUUGCUGAUAUUUCACCAAGUCUGACCGAAGAUGCCGUUGUACCCAGUUCGUUGGUUGUCAACGGUUGUGAAGGUCCAACGAAAUGCAGUCAAAAUGCUUGCGCCAAUCGUGGCGUUUGUGUUCAACAAUGGAACGCUUAUGCUUGCGAAUGCGAUAUGACCACAUAUUCAGGACCCACAUGCUAUGACGAAUCGGUUGCUUAUGAAUUUGGCGCUAACAAAGGAAUGAUCCAAUACAUGUAUCCGGCUGGAAAGCAACCAGAUACCGAAGAGGAUUCAAUUGCUCUUGGAUUUAUAACCACAAAAUCGGAUGCAGUCUUAUUGAGAAUAGAAAGCGCCACCACUCAAGAUUACAUGGAAUUGGAAAUUGUUGAGGGAAACAUUUUUAUGGUGUACAAUAUUGGAUCACAUGAUCUUCCGCUUGGUGAAAUUGGUACUAAGGUAAAUGAUAAUGUCUAUCAUAUCGUGCGAUUCCAACGAUUUGGUGGCAAUGCAACACUACAACUUGACGAUUACAAUGUUCAAACUGUUCAUCCCCAAGGUCAUCAAUCAACCGUUUUCAAUUCGAUGGCGAUGAUUCAAGUUGGCGGGAAAAUAACGCGUAACGGUCGUUUUCGUAUCGAACGGCCAUUUGUUGGUGUGGUCUCCGGUCUCUCUGUAAAUCGAUUGCGAGUACUAGAUUUGGCAGCCGAACGAGAUCCACAUGUGACUGUUCGCGGAGAUGUUCAAUUGGUAACUGGAGUAUUAGAUAGAAAUGAUCUUCAAAGAAUGCAGCAGACCCCUGCAAGUAGUUAUCCAGGCGUGGUUGAUGACCUAAUAUUUUCGGGAGCUGGUUCGGGUUGCCGUGGCGAUGAUGAGGACGAAUGUACACCACCAUUUGAAUCGGGUAGCGGUGAUGAUUUAAUCACUCCAGUUUAUGUCCCACCAACGAAAAAUCCAACGACACCGCACAAGACCGAAGAGACUAGCGUUAAAGAAGCAUGCGACGAUGAAGACUGUAUUCAUGGUUCGGGUGACUCUGGCAGUGUUACCGAAUCGUUUACACCGACAACAUCUAAAGGCACAGAAAUAACAGAUCGCAAAUCAUCAUCAUCAUCAUCAUCGUCGUCGUCGUCAUCAGCGUCAUCAGGAACAACGAAAUCAUUGGAUGAUUUAAGUACAACAAAUCGUGAUACAAAUACAUUUGGUACAACACCCGAAAUUGGAACGACAAAUUACGGCACAAGCACAACAUCGGGCAGUUCAACACAAAGUCAAUCAACUCCGGCUGUAACUCGAUCCGAAACUACAUGGCCAUCAUCGACAAGUACACAUUUGACGACCGUACCAAUUCCAGAAACAACACAUUUGCAUAAAACAACCUCAACCAAAAUGGAUAAUAACAUUGAUGAUCACACAAGAGUAGAUUAUCGUGAACGUAGCGAUAGACCAUCGUGGACGCCGAAUCAGUUUGAUUCAAAACCAACCGAACCAGAACCACCAUAUUUUCCACAGCCACAACCGACCCCAUACACUCCAGGUGGUCCGCAGCGAAAAACUCCACAUGGCGGUCGAAUUGGUUCAGAGGCUGAAGAACGAGCAGCAAUGAUUAUCGGUAUAGUAGCUGGCGCAUUAAUUGCCGUUGUAUUGGUUAUAUUAUUGUUGAUUUGGUUAAAAUCAAACGGCGAUCGAAAUUAUAAGGCCGAUCCAGAUAUGCGAGCUUCCUACGGCCAAGGAGCGAAUGCCGCAUUACUUGGCAAUAAUUCAUGUACGAAUGGAUCAAGACACCCAGUAAACGGUUCAAAUGUACCAUUGAAUGGUUCAUUGCGUUUGAAUGGUAAUGAUAAAGCACAAGUGCCAGGUUUGGUUCCGCAAAAACCAAAGAAACGAGAUUCAAAAGAUAUCAAAGAAUGGUAUGUGUAAAUGGUUUCGCAAAAAAAAAACAGAAUAAUAAAAAAAAAAACACAAUGUUACAGCCACAAAAUAAGAAGAAAAAAUCAAUAAAUAAAUAAACGAAUUUCACAUAGAAUCAUAAAAAUCAGCUCUCAAUAGAUGGCCAGACAGUUCAUACUGCCAAACAAGAACAACAACAGAAAUUUAAAAAAAAAAUCUCAUAAAAAAUCUGUUCAAUUUAAACAAAUUUUACUUGAACACAAUUGUCCAAUUGACAAUUUGAGCUUUAUUCACUUAAAAUGAACUGAAAUACAUGUAAAACGAAUAUUUAAACCAUUAUGAAUUAAAUGAUUUUUUUUGUUCGAUAAAAAUGGUAUAAAUUGAAGCGAUUAAUUGUUAUAAAGAUUCAAAAUUUAGGGAAAAAAAGAAGAAGGUGCUAAAUGUUUAGAAAAGAUAAGCAAACGAAUGAAAAAUAGAACGCAUGAUGAAAAAAAUUAUUAAUUGUCAUGGUAAUAUGUCAACGGAAAACGAACGAAAAAAAGAAGUAAAUGUAAGGCACGCUAACAUAGCACAUACUCAAUUCAAGUAAUAUCCACCAAAAAUGCCCACUUAUAACUAGAAUGUUCAAUAUACUCUUCACAGCGGUAAUAAGAGCCUUGGUAAAUAAUUUUUUUUUUUUUUCAAAUACUGGACGACAUCCAAUUGAAUGUUCGUCAUCACGUAAAACAAUUUGAAAAAUUGUGGAUAUUUAAAGAAAAAGAAUCAUUUAUUAUGGGACUUAGCUGCCGUGUCAAAGUGCAUAUUGGCGCCACUACUUAUAACAAUCAAUCUCAGAUCCCCAGAAAAACACGACAUUUUUCAGGAUUAUAAGAGUAAUACCCAAAUUUAUAUAAGUAGUGACUUAAUACACCAGCUGAAAAAAGAAACUGAAAUGUACCGAGCAUAAAAAUGAAAGGAAAAAGGUCAAGUGAAUUUAUAGUUGAUGUUCCCUUGAUUAUGUGGAUUGAUUUCAUAUGUAAUCACAUCUCUCUCUCCAGCUAAAGAGAGACAUAAAUACACAAAUACGAUAACAAUAAAACAUGUGCAAAAUGAACUCAAUCAUGUUAGCUGUCUUAAUUUCCAUUUCAAUGUGUAACGAAAUCGCCCCAAAAUCCUUUUAUGUGUACAAUUAAAAUAUGUGUAUAAUUGAACAUAAAUCCAAAACAAAAACCAUUAGUGACAAGGAACCUAGCGUAAAUUUGUUUAGAUAAAACUACAAUAUAAAAAUCCGAAUAAAAAGAUACGGUAGAUUUAUUUAAGAAAUUUUGUGCAACAAAAAUCACACAAAAACACACACACACGAAAAAAGACAAAAUUGUAUAACAGGUUUGUGGAAUGGGCACAUGCACUCAUCAAAUGCACAGUUGCUGUGAGAAUGAGAUGCGAUACAUGAAAAAACGAAAUUCUCUACUCAGUUACUUCAUCUCUAUGUACUCUUUCAAAUCAAUCGCAAAAUACUUCAAAAUACGAUAUUUAACGAUUAUUAAACAAAAAAAAAAACAUCCCCACGCUUUUUCUUCACAUGCACACACCAUUUUCAAGUACAAAAAAAAACAAUCCAAUUCAUUCGGAAUUUUAAGAUCAGAACGUAAUCACAAGAACAUUUAACUGAAUUAAAUUUAAAACAAACAAAAAAAAACUCCUCGUCUGUUAUCCACGAAUACACAAACAAAAGAAAACUUACUAACAAUAUACAUAACAAUUGAACAACAAUUAAAAUCGAAUUGCACCCAAUAUUUCUAGCAAUAUUUCAAAGCCUUCUGAAUAAAUACAAAUUUUAACAAGCAAACGUUUCUAUUUCAAAUUUUAAACAAAUGUUUACAUUUUUCAACAUUUUUUCCUGUUCAAAAACCAAUUCAUCAACACAAUUACACACAACUGAGAAAGAAAGAAAGAAAAAAACCAAAAUAUUCGAACGAGUUGAAUGGCCGACCGAAUUCGUUACUUAAAAUUUAUGUUUUAAAUUCAUUUUCGUUUGUUCUCCGUAUGGAAUUUGAAUCUAGCUACAGAAUGUACUGUGCCGAAAAUAUAAAGAGUCCAUGAUUAGGAAAAUAAUGUAGCAAAAUGAUAUGUAGAGAUAGAGAAAAUGUUGAACGUAUUUUGAAGUCGCAUCAAAGAUGGAAACCAGCAACUAAGGCAAAUAAACGUUAACAAAACCCUUGUCAAAGACGAAAGAAAGAGACAAUAUCAGUAGUAAGAUAAUUUACUCCUAGAAAUGCUCAAACCAAAACAUUUUUUUUUUAGUAGUGACACGAGAGAAAGAGCAAAACUAAUCCUCGAGUAUUUAGAAGAGACACACACAAUUGCAACGCGUUUUGAAAAGUGCUUUCGCUAAUUUAUAGUUUUGUUUUUUAUUCGAUAGAGAUUUUUGUUCACACAUUCGUUUCAUCAAUCAUCCUUCAUACAUGCGCCCACUUGCUUUUUUUCCCCAUUCACACCGAUUUUGCUGUGUAAUUGGGUGAACGUAGAUCCAUUGCUGACAUCACCAUUAAAACUGAUCACCGCCAGUUAAUUCAUUAAUCAUUUUGUUUUUUGUACAAACCAUUUAGUUGAGUAUAUAAGAGCAAUAACAAAAACGAAUGAUCAUAGACACAAACAAAAAAUCACCCAAAAAUGAGUUUGUUCAGUUUUUUCUGUUGUUUGUAUUAUUAUUAUUUCCUCAUAUAGGAAAACACAUACAGGAAACCAACUCCAAAACGUAGUGUAAUUGAAAUCGUAAAUGUAAACAUAUCAGAACACGGAAUACAGAGAUUGCACCAAAAUUUUGAUAACUUUCAAAGUUUUACCUCAUCUUACUUUCGAUGCAAAUUUGAAAAAUAAAAACCACAACAACAUAGCUUUUUCCAAAUAUUUGGUUUUUUUUCCACUUUGAAACAUAUACAAUUUAUCACGAUAUUGAUAUGUAGUAAAUCAACGUGAAAACGCUAGUUCGACGAGAAUAUUUUGAAAUUCCGCCUUUUCCUAAUUCUUCUUUGAAAAACCAUUAUUUUCAGAACAAUUUUCGAUUUUCCUCUUCACGUUAGAUCAUCAAUUAAUAAAAAGAAAAAAUUCACAAACAGCAAACGAAUAGAUUUAUGAAUGAUAGCUGCAUCAAAAUUAAAACGAACAAACUAUUCAUCAUUAAUCGACAUUUCAACAGAGAAAAAAGCGAUAUUUAUUCAAUUUUAUCUCUAAAUUUGUCAUAUUUUUAUUUCAAAUCGGUUGAACUUUCCGAAAUAAUUAAAGACUGGUGUGCUUCAAAUGAUAUAUCCAAUUCUAAAGUUGUCAACACAUCUAAACAAUAUCGAUUUUUAUUCAAUUCAAUGUUUUUCGUUUCCAUUUUCUCGAUAUUGUUCAUAUCAAUGUUCUGAUACAAUUUAACUUUAACUAUUAUUUGUAAUAUGAUAUAUGUUAUAAACGCGCAGUGUUUUUAGAAAAAUGGUCAUAAUGUUCGAUGAAAAAAAACGAGUCGGUGCUGCUUGUAUUGAGGCUGUCGAGAUGAAUUGAUGAGAGAGUGCAAACGAAUCGACUCCAAUUAAAUUCCAUGAAAAAUGUAAGAGAAACACAUUGAAAAUAAAUAAACAAAUCGUUUCGUCCAACUUGUUUGCUAUAUAUAAAUGGCACGAACCUAUGCUAAGAAUGAAAAGCCUCAUGUAAUCUAAUAAUAUCAAUUAAAAACUUCAUAUAAUAUGUGACAUUCAUUGACACUCACUCUCUCUCCAACGACAUACACACGAGAGAUGAAAAAAAAAAAAAACAUUAUUUAGCUAAAGACGAACAAUUAACAGAAAUCAGUAUAUAAGCAAAAGUUCUGAAUUCGAGUAGAGCAAAUAAAUAUGAAGAAAAGUAAAAGAGAGUAUGUAAAACUGCACCAAAAAAAAAUCAUAUAUAUAUAUAAUUAAGGGAUAGUACACUUUGUUUGGACUGAUAUUUUAUUUAUAAUAAAUGAGAUUAAUUUUUAAUAAAAAUGUGAGAAAGCUGAUUGAAUGUAUCCAUCUCUUGUAUGGAGAAUUCUUUCAAGUAAAAAAAAGGAGAAAGUUCAACAGCAAUUGGCGCAAAAAGACGAAACAUUCAAAACAAAAACAAAAAUGAUUAAACAUAAUCACACGCAAAACACUCAUUUAGUACUUGUAACAAUUAUACAAAUAAUUUGUGAAAUGAAAUGGCAACCGAUGGCAACAGAUAUGAAUGGCAAAAUAACAUGCAUCAUUAUACAUUGGAAUUAAAAUAAAAUAAAAAGAGUGUAAAAUGUUAUCUAGGAUAUAAAAUUAAUUAUUUAACGAAAACUAAAAAUAUAAAACACAAACUACAUGCGAACACAAAAUGAUUGGGCAAAAAUAUAUAAGCAAAUAAAUACUUUAACUAGGAAAAUUCCACGAUGAAACCCAACUAUAAACUUAUGUACACUCGAUACAUGCUAUUCGCAAAAAAAAACGAUUCAUUUAUUGAUAUUCAAAAUUCCCCGCUACAUAGACACUCAGACACACAUGCGAACACAAACAUCCAACAUGAUAAAAACAAAGUUAAAAUGAAUUAAAUUUAGGAAAUGGUUAUUAUUAUGCAUAUAAUUCAAUGUUUUUUGUUUUUACCAUUAAAACUGAAUGUUAAAGCAAAAUCUAAAUAAUUAAAUUGUAUUCAUAAGACAUCGCUCUAUCUCUUACACAUCGACACACACAAAGAACACAAACAAAUACACAUACAAAUCUUCAACUAAAUAAAUUGUCGUUGUGCGAUCAUUUAUUCUUUAAAA